AUGCUGAUACAUUCCUUCAAUGGCAUGCAGGCUUGUAACAGAGAUCUGCAAUGUGGUGGAGGCAUGUGCUGUGCUGUUAGUCUCUGGAUCCAAAGUCUUCGAAUUUGCACACCAAUGGGCAUCUUUGGAGAAGACUGUCAUCCUUUAAGUCAUAAAAUUCCAUUUGGGGGGAGAAGAAUGCAUCACAGCUGUCCCUGUGAACCUAACUUGGCUUGUGUCCGGAUUUCUGCAAGGAAAUAUAAAUGUUUACCAGAUGAUAGAAUGAUGAUAUCUAUUUUUAGCAGAAGGAUGGUGGAGAAUUCUGUGUGA